CCAUGAACGGCGACUGCAUCAAAGUUUACCUUCAGCACAUGGAUCCUUCGCUUAUUAACUGUCUGCAGCCGCUUGCCGCAAAACGGGGCCCACGACUCGGCCGCCCGGCGUCACAAUGUCGUGCAGUUCCCGGGAUGGCGCCGCGCGGCGAUGAGAUGGACGCCGCAUAUUCGGCUCUCGGACCGAGGGCUCCACCCACGCUUAAAGCCAAGUUGACGUGUGACCGAGGAGCUGCAAGGGCAGGCGGUGGUCAACUCAUGUCGUAAUGUCGAUCAGAUUAUCUCAGUUGGGACAUGAGCCUGUGGAACCGGAAAUCCGGACCUCUCGAUGGCGGGUGGUAGACGUUGAGCUGUUGUAUGUCACUGGGUUGUGGCCACCGGGUGUGGCUAACGCGGAUGAGUGUUGGUGGCGAAGGUAGUCAGUGAACAUCACAAGCUGGCAAAGUGCAAUAAGGGACUUGAUCAAUGUUAUGGGAGAAUAAUCGGGUCCAGACGAAGCACAUGAUUUUGU